GUGGAAUAUAAACGUUUCGCAGGCAGUUGUUUCAUCAAGAAAGCAACAUCAUCAGACAUCUGAAUUAUCAGCAAAACAGAAAAAAUCUCAGACAAUCAUCAGACUAAGCCUAGACUUCAUAUAAACAUGUCUUGGAGUGAUCUCUUCUACCCUGGAAAUCCUGAAAAAAGGGAGGCGCUUAUCCGCAAAAGUCAACAGUUUAUAGACCUGAUGGAAGACAACUUCACUGCUACCAAUGAUCUCGUUGACGUUCUUAAUGAGCACUUAAAAUGCUCCAUCAGUAAAGUCACCCUGGAUGUGAAAGCCACUCUAAAGCAGAACUGUGAGGUAUUAAUUCAAGCAAUCCGUAAGAUCCAAGAUGAGGUUGAGAAGAUUGAUAAGAGGCUGAAAGAAAAGCUUGAGCCAACUUUAUAUGAAAACUUGAAAAACAUGGAUUCGGCUCUGCCUCAGGACCUGGCCGUGUUUUCAACGGUUUCACGAAUUGUUACUGGUUCAACUGGGGCUGUAUCUGGUUUAGUCCUUAUUUGUCUUCUUAAAAAAGGAAUUAUUUUUAAAAGCUUAAUAUCCAAGAUUGGUUUACUUGCAUCAUCUGUAAUCGGAGGUCUUGUGAUUACGGUGGUAUUCAUGGGGAUUGAUAUGAUCGUUGGGGCCAUUAUAGGGAGCAUUGAGCGUGAUCAGCUUGUGAGAGCACUGAAAGAUUAUGAUGAUGCACUUAAUAAAUUCAAACCAGCAUCUAAACAAUAUCAGAAGAGCAUAAUGGAAGUCAGGAUCAGAAUACAAAUCAUGGACGGAAAAUAAUCUUUUGGAACCUUAUUUCAGUUAUCUUACAUUUUAACAUGCAGUGAUUUCAAUAUCUUAAUACCUGUUUUGUAAGAUAAAUUGGAUUGGAUCACCAUGAUCUAAUUGGAUUAUAACCAAAUCUGGAUUACUAGUGUUUUUAAUGAGAUCAUCUUUAAAUCCCAAUGUUGACUGCUACCUAUGUAAAAAUGUGGGUUGACUAAGUGUUUGAGACAAUCAAAUAAUACAAACAUAGCCUUUCUAUUUGAAGAAAACAAUUGUCUUAUGAAAACUCAUAUCAUGUGUUAACUUUCCAUUGAUUUUUUGUUGAUACUAACCAUACAAUUUGUUUCAUUUACAUAAUCAAUAAAGCUUCAACCACUUUUAACUAAACUCAAGAAAGAUUUGAAAAAAAAGACUUGGGUGCGUAUUUAUCAAG